AAUGGAAGGUCUCAGUUUGACAGCUCGUGUUGAAGUUGCCGGUCAUUCAGUAGCCGAACAGCGCCCACCCCACCAUGGCAGAAGAGGGCAGAGAGGAUGUUGAUAACCACAGCCCCCCUACAAGACGUAAUGGACAUGCAGUGAUGAACGGACACGUAACUUCACCUGUAAGUGACGUCAAAGAGAUGAACAGUACUGGAGAGGAUCUGGUCCUUCACAAUAUUUAUAUUCGCGAAAAGUUAAAGGAUCUACAAUGUACCAUAGAGUCAGAUGUGUCCAACCUAAUCGAAAAACGUCUAGUAGGGUUCAAAGAAGCCAAUCUUCCUGUGGCGGGAUGCUUCGUCAGAAGUUCCUCAACAUCCUUCACCUCUGCUCUCACAAGAUCUCAUAGUUCUAGUAAAGAGGCUCACAAACCAGGACAGCUUCCAAGGAGAAUGUUUGUAGCGAGGCCCUCUUUACUAAAAGAGCUACUGAAUGUCAGUCACAUGGAGAGCAUUUAUAAUAUCUUUGUUGCUAUUCUAGUCUUGCUCUUUUUUAACAAAGUCCUUGAAGAAAUCAUACAAACUGGCAGCUUGAAUCUUGACCUGUCUCUCAUCGUGUGGGCAUUUGGGAGUCUCGACCGUGUCAUUGUGAUAUGGGUGUGCAUGUUUACUAGUACAGCAAUAUUUGUAUACCUCAGUUUUCACCACUGGGCGCACAACAGACAUAAUAUGCCAGGUGCGUACGAUGCUUGUGGAGGCCUGUUAUAUGGUAUUUAUUUGGUUCUCUUCAUGUACCUGCCAUUAUCGAGUCUGUUGUAUCAUAAUCUCCCACCUGCCUCGGCUCUCAUCAUCCUAUGCGAACAGGUGAGAAUGUUCAUGAAGACAUGGGCAUUUGUGAGGAGUAAUCUCUCUCGAGCCAUCAGAUACAAGAAAGAUGACGAUGAACCGACGAAGAUUUUAUGUCCAGAUUUUUCUCACUAUCUCUAUUUUCUGUUUGCUCCAACACUAAUUUACCGAGACGAAUAUCCACGAAAUGAAAGUAUCAAUUGGCGGAAUGUCAUCAAUGACUUGGGGCAAGUGAUUGGUUGCCUCUUCUACACACACUUCCUUUUUGUACGCUUUUGUGUGCCAGUCUUCCAAAAAUUCGGACAGGAAUCAUUCAAUGGGACAAAUCUCAUGGUGGCCGUCUUUUCCUGUAUGUUCCCGGGAUCUCUUGUUUUGCUCUGUGGAUUCUUUGCCAUCCUUCAUGCAUGGUUGAAUGCAUUUGCAGAGAUGUUAAGAUUUGCUGACAGAAUGUUCUACAAGGAUUGGUGGAAUUCUACCUCCUAUGCUAGAUUCUAUCGUACUUGGAAUUGUGUUGUUCAUGACUGGCUAUACGAGUAUGUCUACAGAGAUGUGGUAGCAUGGCAGCGAAGACAAGGGAAGAACUGUGCCCAGCUGCGAUGUUUCCCAAUGUUGGUGGUGUUUUUCAUUUCUUCUGUUGUUCACGAGUACAUAUUGGCCUUUGCGUUUAAAUUUUUCUACCCAGUUCUUCUGAUCAUGUUUGGAGGUUUUGGAGUUGCAUUUAUGUUUGUUAACAGCAAAGCCAGACAAUUUAAUAUAUUCCUGUGGGUCACAUUGAUCUUUGGAACUGGAAUUCUAAUGUGCCUUUAUAGCAUGGAGUGGUAUGCACGUAUCAACUGUAAACCUGUUUAUGAGGGAACUGUUGACUACCUGCUACCACGUAGUUUCUUCUGCAAGUUUGCUGCCGAGUCUUAAGCACUUCAUCCAAUUAUACAUCUUAUUAGGUUCAUUCUAGAACUAUUUUUUGCCUUUAAAGGUUUUUUGUUUAACUUAUUGGGUCGAGUGGACAGGUGGGGUUCCCUUAAGUCCAUAAAGGUGUAUUGCCGUUAAGGACCCUUUGGUGGUUCCUUUCAUUCCCAAAAAGUGUGUUACUGUUGCCUACAUUGAGUUUUGGUAAACUAUACAUCUUUCAUUUGAUUCCCAGGUACAGUAUAAUGCAGUUUCCCAAAGGUUUUUACUUUAUGGAGGAUUAUGGUAUAUCAACCGUUCUCAUGUACAUAUGUUUCUUGUAACAAUCGUUUUAUAGUUGAUAGUAUUUAUACAUAUGUAUGUGUGUGCUUUCUGAUCUGUUAUGUCAAUAACUGUACAAUACAUAUGUAUGUGUGUGCUUUAUGAUCUGUUAUGUCAAUAACUGUACAAUACAUAUGUAUGUGUGCGCUUUAUGAUCUGUUAUAUCAAUAACUGUACAAUCAGUCUUGCAUAAAGUUAGGGGAGUAAUAAAUCUUUCAGUUUUUUUAGUGAGUUAUGAAAUUACUUUUGAGGCAAGUUUUAUUCAUUGUCAAUAUCAGAAUAGUUUAAUUCAACUCUUACCUCGGUUUUAAGUGCUGAAAUGUUGCUUAAGCUUUUUUUUUAUCUUUAACCUACCUUAACGGCAUGUUACUGUAUAUUGCUGGAUGAAAUGUUAUAUUCCAUGUGUGUUUCAUUUUAAAGAGAUGAAUGUUCUAAAGUGUGCAAUUUUUAUAAUGUAUAUUAUAUUUAUACCGACAUUUAUUAUUGUGCUUUACAGUUAUAUUUGAUAAUAAAAUACAAAAUGCUG